UGUGGCGCGCGCCGACGCUCUUCCACGUCUCCGCUCCCGCGGGCCCAAUGGUCGGAGAAGGCUGUGUGUGCGAGCAAGGCCGGGAAAAAACAUGGCGGCGCCCGUCUUGAGAGUGUCCACCCCUCGAUGGGAAAGAAUAGCCAGGUUCCUCGUUUGCCUGUUAGGAAUACUACUGUCGGUAUACGCGUUUCACGUGGAAAGGGAGAAAUCCCGGGAUGCCAACUAUCAGGCCAUGUGCGACCUGAGCAACUCUAUAAGCUGUUCCAAAGUGUUCGGCUCAAGAUGGGGUCGAGGAUUCGGGUUGUUGGGGUCCAUCUUUGGUAACAACAGUGCAAUAAAUCAGCCAAACAGUGUCUACGGACUGUUGUUUUACGUCUUUCAGCUGUUAUUAGGCUUGACCGUGAGCGCGAUGGCCGCCCUGAUUCUCAUGACCACGUCCAUCGUCUCAGUGAUAGGCUCGGUGUACCUGGCCUACAUCCUCUACUUUGUCCUGAAAGACUUCUGCAUCAUCUGCAUUACCACAUAUGCACUGAACUUUAUUCUACUCGUGCUCAACUACAAGAGGCUGGUCUACUUGAACGAGGCCUGGAAGCAACAGCUAAAGCGGGACUAAAAGGAAGAAAAAGAAAAUACAAGGAAAGAAAAGAGAGGAAAAAAAGAAAAAAAAAAAAGGAAAAGAGAAAUGUGAACCUCCGAACAUUUGACUUGCCACCGGGAGACCUUGCUUUCAAACCAGUGUCUAUUCUGCGUACAUGUACAAAAAAAAAGAAAAAAAAAAAAAAAAAAAGAAAA